UGAUUAGAAGUGAAAUGUUUCAUUGUGCAAUCUUUAAAAUUUAAAAAUAGAUUGAGAGGAAUAUUAAGAAAGAUUUUAUUAUAUCCACGACAUGAAUGACAAACCUUUAGAGUUUGAUAUCACUAAAAUGCCUCGUGCACAGCACAUAGAGAUCAUAGAUUUGGAGGAUGGAAGUAUUAAUACACAAUCUAAUCAAAAUGGAAUUAAUAAAAAUGAAGACUCUUCACAAUUUCGUCGAGAUCGAGAUAGAAAACAUAAGGCAAAUAGAUACAGUUCAAGUAAUAAUAAACAAUCAGAAAAUCGGAAUUGCAAGUUUGGUGAAAAUAACAUAAAUUUGCCAAAUGAUCCUUUAUUGCAUUGUGCACCACGACAACUAGAUGAAUUCAGUACAAUACCAUCAGGAAUGCAAGGUUUAAUGUAUCCCAUGAUGAAUCCUCAUCUGGGAGGAAAUAUUACAGCAGGUAUUGGUCCCAACAUGGGGACAAAUAUUGGGCCUGGGGCAAACAUGACAAACAAUCCUGGUUAUAUGAUGAUGGCCGGUAUGGGUGGUCCUCUUAUGAUGGAUCCAAAUAUGUUAGCAAUGGGACAAUUUGCAAUUCCUCCUGGCAUGUCUUCUGUUCCAUUACCCCCUCAAGCUAUACCUGUCACAGCAGAACAAAAUGUAGGUCCUCCAGCACAAUAUAAAGAAAUAAUAGAAUGUGCAUCAUGCACUUUAUAUCCUCCACCACCUUCUGCACCACCACCAACAACUCGUGAAAGGCCUAAUGGUUGUAGAACUGUAUUUGUUGGUGGUUUGCCCGAUAAUAUAACAGAAUCAAUUAUAACAGAUGUAUUUGAAAGAUGUGGAAAGAUAUACACUCUAAGGCUUAGCAAAAAAAAUUUUUGUCAUAUUAGAUUUUUUUAUGAAAACUCUGUGGAUGCCGCCAUUUGUUUGUCAGGAUAUAGGAUAAGAAUUGGAAACCAAACUGAUUUACCCAAUACUGGAAGAUUACAUGUAGAUUUUGCACAAGCCAGGGAUGAUCAGUAUGAUUAUGAAUGUCGUCAAAGACAACUUCAAAGGGAGCAGAGGCACCGUGAAAGACAAAGAGAACGACAAGUAUCUCCUCCACCAAUAUUACAUUAUACUGAGCAUGAAGCAGUUAGCAUCUGUGAAAAAUUGAAACAGGAUGAAACAUUUAUGUCAGCUGUUCAAGUUUUUAUAACUUGGUUGGAACGAGGAGAUUGUAGCAAGCGCAAUGUUAACACAUUUUAUUCAAUGAUACAGAGCACUAAUUCUCACAUUCGCCGGCUUAUUAAUGAGAAAGCAAAUUGUGAAGAAGAAAUGCAGAGGGCAAAAGAUGCUUUGAAACAGAAGAUGCAUGCAGUAUUGUCUCAGUUCGCUCAGAUCGAGAAAGUGUUUGGUGCCGCUUGCCACAAGAAGGUCUGGGAUCAUUUCACCAAAGCACAGAGGAAAAAUAUUGAAAUGUGGAAAAAUCAGGCUUCGGAAUUGCGUAUGCUACAGAUGGAAGAGUUUGUUGUAAGAGGUGAAGACGAAAUGGAUAUGUCCGAUGGUGAUGAAGAAAGUUCUCCAAAAAGAAAGAAAGGUGAAGAUGCGAACGAUCUUAAGGAGGAAAAUGAUAGCUUGCGCUGUCAACUAGAGGCAUAUAGAAAUGAAAUAAGUUUACUGCGUUCAGACCUGACUUCAGAAAUAGAUCAGAAAAGUCAGGAACUACAAAUUUCACAGGAGACUGUUAGAAAUAUCCUCCAAGAAUUGUCAGAAAUGAAAAAGAAACAAAAUGAAGACUUAAGUAAAAUUCGUGAUUUAGAAUCGCGGCUCAAACAAGCUGGUGUUCGAGAAUUGUUACUGAAAACUAAAAUAGCAGAUGCCAAAAAUCGCUCUGAGAUAGAAGAUGAUAAAUCUUCAGAACUGUCUGAAAAAAAUGAAACAUCAAAUGAUGAAACUUCUAGCAUUAAGAGCAGAUUAGAUGGUUUACAAGUUAUAAUUGAUUUUGAUGCAAAGUUUAUUGGACUCAUAUCUACAUUUCUCAAUGUUCAUCCAUUCGGAGCUAGCUCUGAUUACAUAUGGUCAUACAUGCAUAAAAUAGAUUCUUCAUGUAAUUCUCAAAUGAUUGAGACAUUAUUGAGAAAGUAUCCAGCAGUUUUUAAAGAGGAAAUAAGUGGAGUAGGAGCAAAGAUUGAAAGGAAAUGGUUAUUUAAUGGAUUUUCUCAUGAUGCCGAUGAUUCCACAUAAUACUUAGGUGCAGAAAUGCUGUGCAUUUUUGUAUUGAAAUCAUCAUUAUUCUAGUCAUAGUGGAGCAUUAUUUAUCUGACUUCUCAAAAAAGCAUUUCAGAGAUAAUCAACUGAAAUAGUAUUCGUAAUAAUAAUCUGAAUAGUAUUAAGGACAUGCUUGAAAAACUAAUUUUAGAUCAUGAUUUGUUAAUAGACGUACUUAAAGCAUAUAUAAUAUAUGUGUGUGCUCCCUUUGCCUAAAUAACACAUUUUACGAGUAAUUUGCAUGGCACAUAAAACAAAUAUAAAAAGUAAGUCAGAUAACAAAAA